CCUCCCAUCUGUUGUCACAUAUCUGUAGAUGGGGAUCUUGCCUUUGCCCAGAGGCGAGCAGUAAUAAGCUCGACUUUUAAUCAUUUCAUGUUUUGGACUAAAAUUGUGAGCUGCUCUUUGCAAUUGGUGGGAUGUUUCUGCUGAACGAUGAAUAUUUUAUUUAAGUAGCGGUUUUAAAAAAGGCAACUUUCUUGUGCCAAGGUUGAACGUCAAGACCGUGGGAUCAAUACUGAGCGAGAGAGGGAGAGAGAGACUGGUGUGCAGGCACCCCGUCCGGACAGCAUUGCCCCCGCUCGGCGGCUGCGAGAGGGAGAGGGAGGGGGGUGGGGGCAGCUCACAGCCGGAGAUCACAGCUGCCUGCUCGGCGCUGCUUGUACCUGAGUUACGUCUGGUUCGGAGCGACGACUGCCAGCAGCAUUGAAGGUCCCGAGCGUUGCCAACUGGAUGUUAUGGCCGAGUGAAGGGAGAAAGGAACGGAGAUCGCAAGGAGCAAGAUGAUAGCGGAGCCGGUGAAGGAGAUGCCGGGGCUAGCGGUAGUGCCGGGGUUCCCAGAGAAGGGGUCCGAAUGCCCGGCCGCCACUGCCCGGCUCCUGAGUCGCCAGGCACAACUGAUGGAGGCCACGGGCGGAACCGAGCUCUCCUGCUCCAGGUGUACCUUUCCCUUUGGCCUGGUGGUCGUCAUCGUUGGCUUGGUGGUCACCGCUGUCGCCUAUGGCUUCAACUCGCAUGGGUCAGUCAUCUCGGUGUUCGGCCUGGUCGUACUGACCCUGGGCUUCCUCCUGGUCAUCUCCAGCGCCGUGUGUUGGAGAGUGAGACAGUGCAGAAAGCAAGCCAAGAGAAGAGAAAGUCAGACUGCACUCGUGGCCAACAGGGAACUGUUCGUCUAGGCACCACUCUUCACCCCGUGGACUUCACGUCGCUAAUGUAGGUGGGACAACAUCCGCCUUCAUAAUACUUCAAAAAGUUGACCCCUGGCAAGAACUCGUGUAACUAAAACUCUUCAUUGUCUCUAUUUGGGGUGCUGUCCUUGUCAGCGUGGUCAGUGUUAAAGCAACAGAAAUGGAAAUGCUCUCAGAACUAAGACAACUAACUAUCCGCAUCUCAGUGUGUGAGUCGCAGCGGCCAGCGCCGAGCUGUAGCUCCCGCUGUGUGGAUUAGUAUUGUCAAUGAGGAGAGGUCCCAGUUACACAUAUGCAGCUUACCAAGGACAUGUCUAUAGGGGGAAGCCAUUCUA